CGAACGGCUGUGUUUGGCAUUCCCGCCAUUCUUAUACAAACAAAUGUUUUGACGAACCUGUUGUUUUGCUUUUGAAAUUCAGACUCUUGGCCAGUUUGGGGGCGACCAUGGGCCCAUGCGCAAAUCCUUGCUCCAGCCUACCGGUACUGGAGCCAUGUAUUACCUACCGGGUACCCACUCGAAGUUGUUGAGGAGACAUUGAACUUGUUCUCUCUGCACCUACUUUGGCGGCGCGAGCGCGCAUAUCAGCACACGAAGCGCAAAAGAAGAGCAGCUUGACGAGGACAUCAGGGGGCUGAGGGGACCUCUCAGAAAGCUGCUGGGAGGACCAAGGUCAAUCUUUCCAAGUUUGAAAAUGGCGCCUGCAGGGAUCGAAGAGACGCUUGCUGUGAUGGGGGAUUUGCAGAGGGUCUUUGAGAGCAGGGAAGAUGCAGACCGGAUCGUAAAGAUUCAGAAGAAGUGUGAGGAGGCAAUGCAGCUGAUCGCAUCCAGGGAGAGGCAUAUGGCGGAUGUGCUUGCAGAGAUGAAAGAACAGCUGCGGGAGGCAGAGAGCCGCGCCACACCCCCGGAGCCAGAGUCGGCGCAUGAGGAGCGGGUGGAUGCCAUCAAGGAGGAGGCACGGCUGGCCUGGCAGAACAUCGACCGGCUGCAGCUUGAUUUGCAGCAGCUGGAGCAGUACCGAGAGGGCCUGGACGAGCAGUUCAAGAGCCUGGAGGCCAAGCGGAAGCAGCUGGAGAGCCUGGCCAAAGAGGAGAUGCCAAAGACAUUAUAUGAGAUCACUCUUUUCGCGCACAUAUCUUCCAUCACAUGGGACUUCGAGGAAAAGGAGCGGGUAAAAGGGUACAUCACAAAGAUUGAAGAGGGGGACAUUCGAAACUUCGACUUCGAUACAAAGAAGAUCUCUCAGUUCGACCUGACAAAUCAGCUGUGGGAUUGGAUCGGUUAAGUGAAGCUCGAAAGUCGAUAUUACACAUUGUUCAGGGACUGUAGGAUAAGUUGUUUCUUAAAUGGAUGUACAUAGAAUGGCCGUUGUGUCGGAAAACCGAGCAAGUGCAGAACUAUCACGACCAAAUUGCGAAAAAUAGAAAGCAGGACAAGGUCAACGACCAUUGCUUCAGGCAGCGCAAUCAGCAUGAGCUUUUGAGUACCCAACUGAUAUACAACUUUCAAGCCUCAACGUUUUGUUCGCUUGUUCAGGGAUGCAUGGGAAAUCUGACAACCAUGUGUUGCAGCUCAGCA